AUGGCUUCACAAGACGACUCGCAGGCCACUCAACCAGGUUCGCCCUACCCCCAAACCCACCUUGCCUCCCCCCCAAGUGACUUUGAACCUGCGAGAACCGACUCUGACCGUAUCCCUCCAGCGACCCAGAAUGCCUUGGAUCCACGCCGGCUAGGCAAGCAAAACUCGGGCUUCUCCGACGAGGACAUUGCCGACAUCGUCUGUCUCCUCUACCCCAACACCGAUAAUGCCAGUCGAGAAGUCCAGCGCAUUGCCUCCGAGAACCCAUAUAGUCCCCAUAUCGUAGGCCGGUACGCCGCCGACGCCGUCGAUGCCGACCUGUACCGCGAAGAUGAAGCUCGGAAAUUUGGCCGCACUCGCGGUGUGGGUGACUAUGCCAUUGUGCUGAAGCUGUCGUCCACGGUCAAGUCGCCCAACCUGGGUUUCACCUUUGGGCGUAACUCGGGACGAUGCGAUAUCUGCUUCGUCAACGACCCGCUCAGGAGGCUCAGCAACAUCCACUUCCGCAUAUACAUCAACAACCACGGUGUGGUCAUGCUGGAGGAUCAGUCGACGAAUGGUACUAUCGUGGACGACGUCAUGCUGAAAAAGAGAAGGGACGGGCGGGAUGGCCAGGCAAAUCAGACGAAGAGAGUUCUGACAAGUGGCACAACGAUCAAGAUUCUGAUGCACGAAAACGCCGAGGACUUGGCUUUUGUUGUUCGUUUGCCGCGGAGAGAUGGCGAUGCGGACCUAGAAGCGGCGUACCGCGGCAACCUCCAGGCCUACUUUCGGAAGCUUGGUCGAGAAGUCGACCUUGACAGAACCAUCGGACCUGGACCAAGCGGUCCCGUCAACCUCUUCCCACCACCAUUUCGCAACAAGCGCAGCGAGGAAGAUGGCCUGACUACUCAAGCGGCAAUGCCACAGACAGAAUUUCGGCAGCCGCAAGAGUUCCGUGGCGGCGAGAGGUACAACCGCGUCAAUAUGAUCGGCAAGGGUGCAUUCGCCGUGGUGUACAAAGUCACGGACAAGUACACUGGGGAGCCAUACGCCGCGAAGGAGUUAGACAAGCGAAAAUUCAUCAAGAAUGGCGUCCUCGACCAAAAAGUGGAAAACGAAAUGAAGAUUAUGCAACGAGUAUCCCACGCCAACAUUGUACAAUACAUUGAGCACUUUGAUUGGGACCAACAUCAGUUCAUCAUUGUCAUGGAGUAUGUUCCUGGCGGCGAUCUCGGCAAACUUAUCCAGAGCAAAGGCAACAUCAGGGAGCCAUACGUCAAGAUCAUGGCCCGGCAGCUGAUUGACGCCUUGGGCUACCUCCACGACAACAAGAUUACCCAUCGUGAUGUGAAGCCGGACAAUAUUUUGGUUUACUCUACGGAUCCAUUUAUUGUCAAACUCACCGACUUCGGGUUGUCGAAGAUGAUCGACACCGAACAGACCUUCCUGAAAACCUUUUGCGGCACACUGCUGUAUUGUGCUCCGGAGGUCUACUCCGAAUACAGUACGUACGAUGAGGAGGGCCGCAGAGUUCGUCCGCGAGAGCGAAGACCAGUCAAUAAGGAGAGGUAUGAUCAUGCAGUAGAUGUAUGGUCGCUCGGCGGUGUACUGUUCUAUGCGUUGACUGGUCAGCCUCCAUUUCCGGUUAGGAACGGAACAAGCUACACCGAGCUCCUGCAUCACAUUAUGACGCAACCUCUGGACGUGUCACCCUUGGUAGAUGAGCAAGUCUCGCCAAAUGGCAUCUACUUCUUGAAUCGCAUGAUCGAUAGGCGCCCGGAGACGAGGGCGACUAUUACUGAGCUACAGAACCAUCCAUGGCUGAACCCAUCUGCAACAGAGUCUGCUGAUGAGAUCUCGGACGAUGGAUUAGAGCAGAGAGCCUCUCAACUCAGUCUCUACCACCGCUCCAUGCAGCUGCAGGGCCAGUCCAUCGAUGACAUGGCAAGUGAGUUGAUGGAACCAGGAAUCGAUUUGUCCAUGGACCUUGAGGAAGACAAGGAGAACUAUACAUUUGGCCAACCUGCACCCAACCGCCUGUGGGGCGAGGUCAAUAAUUCAGCCAUCGGCAGUUCAGGUGCCAUCAACGAAGAUCACCUCAACAUUCCUAUAUCAGCAAGCUUCGGGGAAACCGAAAUCAUAGACCCCGUGGUACGCGACAGCUUCGAAUCUGAGGAUCUGUCGACACCGCGCCAAAACCAGAAGCAGCAGCAGGGUCGGCUAAUCGUGUCCAGUAAUUCCACGAUAGAUGAGAAGUCCCAUAGCAUUGCUCAAGUGAUCGCGUCGCAAAGUCUCGGCGGUGACUCGGGCAUGCUCGAGAAUCUCAACAUGAAGUCUUUGGCGCGGCCCGCAGCCCACUUGCGAUCCGAAAUGAGCGAUUUGAACACCAGCAAGCGCAAGCCUGCGUACGACACCAGUGACGAGUUCGAGGGCCCUUCAUCGAACUUAAAGCCAUCGUUCAAGAGGCUCAAGUCUAAGGAUGAAGACUUACUAGACUACGACAUCGAUGAUGACGAAGAGCAGGCCUUGCUGGCACUAGUUCCCCCGGCCGUUAAAAGCGAAUCCGGGCGACUGAUCGACUAUCCUGUGGAUAAGAGGGUAUUCUGGGAUGCCGCAGCCAAAGAAACAUGGCACCUGGACUACCCCGAAAUGACUCAUUCUCAGUACAAUGCGUUCAAAUCGGCUGCUGAAAGAAGAAAGGAAGAAUUCAGUCCUGGACAAACACCUCUCUGGGACGUUGCGAUGAAGUGGUUUCCACCCACUGCCGACAAAACGGAGGCCAUCGGGCCUUUGACCGAGACACGACCAUUCCUACGCCGAGACAGCCGCUCCGUCAACUUUGACAGCGAAUGGGACUUGCCGCCCACGGCACCCGUUCCUGCGUCAGAUGAUGGAGUCGAUUCACUUCCAGACACCUUGCCACCUGAAGGCCACGUUCCCAGACCGUCACUAGUCACUACAUCCUCAAAGACCCUGGUCGCGAGACUUACUUCCUCCAGCGGUUCUCUGGUGAAGGGAAUCGGCAUCUCCAUCACAGAUCCGGUGAUUUCCUGGGGCAGAGCCAGCGACAACACCAGCACCUAUCCACAGGUCAUGGAGCCUCGGGUUCCCAAACACGCCUUUCGGAUAGUGCUGUGGCGGGAAGGCUAUACUGCAUCAUCCAACUGCUUCAGACCGUGGGAGGCAAGAUCAUCACCUAGCUCUAAUAGCACGCGUGCUUCCCCUGAGCCUGAUUCGUAUGCAUUCUACAUCUCCACCAAAGCCACCAAUGGUUUACGCAUUAACAAUAACCAACUACCGUCAUUCGAGCCUAAAAACAGCAAAGCACCUUCACGCCACUGGAUGAAGCUCUACAACGGCGACACGGUAGUAAUUUGGGGCGACGAUAACGUCAACAACCAGGCGAAACUCACUUUUGAGUGCUUCUGGGGAGGCUCCAGCACCUGGAGGCCAUCGGACGAGCCCCCAACAUGCGUGCCCGAGGAUGUAGCGCGGAAACUUGACAACACGUGGAUCAGGGCAGAGAAGAACCUUCAACAUGAUAGGAUCAAGGAGGAGGCCAUGCAAGCCCAGCAGUAUCGCAUGACACACAUGGCGCGGGAACUGGAGAGAAGCAGGAAGUUUGAAGCCAAAUGCGCAGAGGCGGCUAGAGUCCUGGCUCUGCGCAAUAGCCGACAGAGCUCGCCAAUGAGCGCACCGCCGGUAAUGGGCCGUACCAUGGCAAAACUCCGACAUGGGAGCCCGGCAACAAUGCAUACGCAAACAUGA